AUGUGUGUGGACUACCGUGCCCUCAACAAAGAGACUAUCAAAGAUAAGUACCCCAUUCCUAACAUUGAUGAAUUACUUGAUGAACUACAUGGAUCUGUGCAAAACCUUAAAAGAACAUCUAAGGCAUUAAAGGCAGUGUUAGGAGUUUUACAACAUCAAAAAUUGUAUGCUAAGCUAUCCAAAUGUGCAUUUGGAAGUCUAGAGGUGGAAUACCUAGGGCAUCUAAUAUUUGAAGAUGGAGUUAAGACAGAUCCAACCAAAAUUGAAGCAAUGACCAGUUGGCCAAUCCCUAAGAAUUCCAAGGCAUUAAGAGGAUUCUUGGGACUAACGGGUUAUUACAGGAAGUUUGUUCAAGGAUAUGGAGGAGUAGUUGCACCACUGACAGCUCUCUUAAGAAAAGAAUUUGUUGGAAUGAAAAGGCUGAAGAAGCUUUCCAAAGACUUAAGGACGUGA